CGUACCUCUGGCAACCACAACCACCUUCCUGGUGACGUCACGAAACUUUCCUCCAAUCAGCGACGCGGGUUUCAGAUGUGAGCACGUUUUGAAACAAGGAGGGCGUUGUGUACUGUCUUAUUUUGGUGAAAUAUUUGUGUUUAUGGUAAUCCUUCAAAAUGGAGAGUUUACAUGAAGAGGCUCUCAUAACAGAAUACAGGAAAACAUCCCAACAGUUACAGUUAAUAUGGGAUGAAAUUGGCUUUGAUGCAGAAUGCCGUGAGGUUCGAGUGAGCCAUGUUAAUGCAGAAGUAAAGGUUCUUUUACAAAGCAUGGUUGAAAAAGAAAAACAGUUUAAGAAGAAGAUGGAGUCAGACAUUGCAAGAUUAGGGCAGCAGUUUUACAAUCUGAAUAAAGAUCUGCAUACCAAAAUUGCUGAAACAGCUGAGAACUUUAGUUUACUGGAGCUGGAGAACUUUCUGCGUAAGAACGUUGAGAUACUGAUGAAAGAAGUGAGGAAACGAACUGCCCGUCUGAAGGAAUUACAAAUUGUUGAAGAGGAGCUAUGUAAAAGGCUGGUAGAGGAACCAUUAGAAACUCCUGGUUCAAGAGUUCCAGCACUAGAUGAUAUUGAACAGUUGGAAAGAAGAAUACGGACAUUGGAACAAGAAAAGGUGAAUCGGGAAAAAACUUUUCAGCAUCUCCAGAGUACAAUAUUGGAGUUACAUGAGGCCUUGGAACACAAGCCAAACUGUACAUUUGAAUUUGACAUAAUAGCAGGCAUGGAGUACUUUGUGUUGAGCCAGCGAAAUCUUCAGAAAAUGAAGGCGAUGAAAGUAGAAUUGGAGCAAAAGCUGGAACAAAAUCAGGAAGAGAGCUGCGACUUAAAAAAUCAGAUACAACGCCUUUGGGAUCAGUUGGAAGUUGAGGAGCAGGAACGUAAUGAUUUUUUGUCAAAUGUUGAAGGUCAUGCCCCAUCUACAAUUACCAAGCUUCAAGAAGAACUCGGGCGUCUGAAGGCAAAACGGCAGCAGAAUUUAUCCAAGUGCAUCAACAAAAUGCGCCGUGAGAUUGAGGAUUAUUGGGAGAAAUGUUACAUUAGUGAAGAGGAGAGAAACAACUUUACAGAUUAUAUCUCAGACGAAUAUUCCGAAGAAGUUCUGGAAUCGCACGAACAGCAGGUUCACAAGCUGACCAAGUACUAUAAUGACAACAUAGCUAUAUUUAACAAGAUUGAGCAGAGAAAGGAGUUGUGGGAGAAAUUCGUUGAUCUUGAGGAGCGAGCAAAUGAUCCAAAUAGAUACGGUAACAGAGGCGGAGCACUACUCAAGGAAGAAAAGCAAAGAAAAACUGUAAAGAAAGAUUUACCGCUGAUUGAAAAAGAGCUCACUACCAUGAUUUUAAGUUGGGAGGUGGCUCACGGCAAGACUUUUGAAGUAAUGGGCAUGAGCAUUGGAGAUUACAUGGAUAAUGAGUGGUGGCAGUAUCGUGAAAGGAAGGAAAAUGAAAAGAAGAAAAAGCAAACCGAGCGUGUCAGCAGGCUGAAUUAUGAGAGUCGAAUGGGAACAAGGCCACCUGCUGUGAAGAGGCGACUGCCAUCCAAUGACACGUUGAGGACAUCUAAAUUACAGCGUGUUAGUGAAGAUCAUCCAUUGAGCGCGAAGUCAAAAAACAUAACUAGGAUGGCUCUGCGAGAGAGGAACCAAAAUUCUGUUAGGGAGGGACACAACAGCAGUGAGGUGUCAACAUAUUCUCAUUUUGCUGAGGGCAUACACCGCCGAAGUCAGAAGGAUAACAUUAGAAGUUCAUCUGUCAGUGGUAGCCACAAGGCCUCAACAUCAAUUUAUAGACAGUCCCCACAUCGUCUCCCACCAGGUCUUCCAAAAACUCCCAAGAAUGUGCCAAGAGUCUCUACACGUUGCUCUCCCAAGACCCUACCGAGAGCCCCUACCCGUUGUUCCCCUCGUCUGAGUGGGACACUUUCAGCCAGACGGUCAUCAAAGGCUAUGUCGUCGUCUCGCAUUCCAUUCUCCCCAUCCAGUUUAGGUAAAUCAAGAAACCUCUCGAGAGUAAAUUUCUCCCCGGGAGCAUCACCGUUGUUCAAAUCUCCACACUCUAGAUCGAGACAGAGCUCUUCUCCUAGCAAGUGGCAUAAAUUGACCUUCCUAAUCUAGCCUAGCACAAGGUUUUAGGACAUGGUUAAUAUUAUAGACUGUAGUUUGAUUAUUAGAGCAGGCAUGUUAAACUGAGGGUAACAUUUGUGGUUUUGAAAUCGAUUGAAAGGUAUUAGACUAUUUCCAAGUGUAAAAAAACAUUCUGAAGAAAGAAAAACAUGGGGGUUUUCAUGUGAACGACGCAUAUUUAUCCAAUGUAAAUUAUAAAAACUGUGAUGUGGCCAUUAAAUUACCAAAUUACAGUAUCCUUUAUGUGGGCCUUAUGUGCUUGCAAAGGGUCACAUGUUUAACAUGCCUGUGUUAGAGGGAUUGAUUUUUUGUUCAUUUUCAGGACACUUGAAUCCCAAGUGGGAUUGCUAUAAUAUGCAAAUAUGUUGGCCAAAUUUAGUGAGAAAAUCAGGCAUUGGGGCAUAUUGUACACUGUAAAUUGUUUUGGGGAUUUUUAGCACUCUUCCUUUCUUUAUGCCAAAGGAUUUUCAGUGGUCGCAUAUAAUUAAACUUGUUACCUAUCAGAUAACAUAGGUUAGUUCUAACAGCAUAUAUAUAUAUAUCACUGACUAUAUCUUUUACAAGUAUGCUAUAAUUAAUUUCUUUCAGGCUUGAUCAACUGUUUUUGAUGUUUUUAGAUGUACAAAUAACCCUUGGCCUAGACUUGGUUACAUUCCUGACUACUGGUCAUAAGAUAGAAAGAUGUACAAACUGCAUUUGCAAAGGUCGCAAGUCUGUGACAAUCUGCUUCAAAUAUUUGUGUCAAUAUUAAGCUUAUAGUAUUAUUAAUCUUUCUCACUGCUCAUUUUCGUUUCUGUAGUCAAUAAUUGGUUUGGAAAAAAUAAGUAGAUAAGUCAGUCUAGUUUAGAAGACAAUCUGGGUUUUGUUGUUUAUGAGGUACAGUGAUUGGAGAAAAUAUAAUGUGAACCUGAUGUCAAGUUUUGCAUUGGAGUCUCGAUUCAGGAAGGCUAGAAAAGAUGGGUGUUCAAGAAAAUGACUGGCUUUGUUGGGAAAAUUAUGAAUACAUGAGGGAUCUAGUGUCUACAGUAUAUGUUUAUUUAGAGGCUGUGUAAAUAAUGUAUAUAAGAUUUUUUUCUUGCUUUUUAACUUACAAGUCCUGCUCAGAACUCUCUCUAAUAUUUCUUAUUGAUUUUUAGAAGAUUUUUACUGUGAAUAGUAACUCUUUUUAUACUUUAUUUUUAGAAAUGCAAUUUGGAAGGUGUGAGAUGUACAUGUGAUACAUAGAAGUUUGGCUAGAAGUGUUAAGAGAGAGUUGUAAAUGCAAGGCCAAAGUUCAAAAUUAUUAUUAUACUGUAUUAAUAGUUUCGUCGCACUAGAGAGUUAACAUUAUCUGCAGUCAAGGCCUAAGGUUCAAGUACAUAAUAAACUUUCAAGAAUAUACUGAAAUAAGUCCAGGGAAGGUGGGAUUUUUAGAUAGUGAUAAUAGUUCAAGCAGUUGGGACUGCAGGCAACUUGUCUUCAAAGACCUUACUGUUAAUACAUGUUUAACCAAGUCACUGACUUAAUUGUAAAGGACAUGAUUUCAGUUUUAUGGACGGGAUUUAACAUAAUUUUCAAAGCGGAAAAGUGGGUCAUGAAUAUUGUUUUUUGAUUUGAAAAGAUUUGGUAGUGAUGGCUAGUAAGUUUUUGUUUUGACAUUUGUAAAAAUGAUGUACAUAUACGUAUAUUUAAACUUCUGAAUGUUGUUAAAAAGUUCAAUGUAGAAAUACUGAAAAAUGAAAGCUCUAGAGUUAAUAAAAGGCCUGUACAGAGUUUAAUGGGGUUGGUUAAAAGACUUACUUUUCUCGUGUUCCUGGGCAAAGUAAUACAAAGAACUAUAAAAGCCUUUUCGAGUACAUGCAGGGGCCUGGAAAAGAUCAUUUGGGCUAAUAUGUGCUCCCUAAACUGUCCCUUGUGAUAGGGUAGGAUUCUAAGUGUGGCAUAGCAAAGGUUUUUUCUGUAAUUCAUAAAUAAAAAAGAUUAUCUUUUAGUUCUGAGGGCUGCUUCUGUGCAUUUGUGGUUACAUUCCGGAUGUCAUUUGUUUUUUGUUGUAGACUUUCCAUAUUACGUUUGUUAGGUAAAAUUUUGUGUGAAAUCCUGUGUUAAGCAAAAAGUACAGUAAAUUUUUCUGUGGCGACAACACUUGUAUCCUGGGUCUUUUGAAAAACUCAGACAAUGAAAAUUUAGAUGUGAAGUUAUAAACUUUCUAGAGAACAUGUUCUGCUUUUUACAGUAACUAUUUAUCGUGUAAAUAGCUUCAUUGUACAUAAAAUUUUAUUCGCCUUAAAAGUUUGUUGAACUUUCAAGAUUUAUAGCUAGUGUAUAAUUAUAACAAUGUACUACAUGUGUUUGGAUUGGAACAUAAUCAUGGUCAUUGAAAAGAGUGGAUUUGUUAGGUAUUUUGUCCUGUGUUUUCUUUGUGUACUUUUCCUCCUGAAAUUCCUUCCAUUUCUUCUAUAGUCAUUUGUGGAGUAUAGUUGUGAUGUGACAACUAGGAGGGACAGCAUGCCAAAUAAUUCACGUUUAUUGUACAAAUUACAGUUUAGCAGGUCCAGAUACAUGUUAAGCAGCUGCAAUUGUAGUAUAUAUAUAACUUUUUUCCUGUUUGAGCUUUAAACCCUAAUCAUAUUUGUAUUUUUUGUAACCGAAAUAAAACUUGAUAAUGUACACUAA